GCAUAUGUGACACAAGAGGACACACUAACAUGGACACUAACUGUUAAGGAAGCUGUUUACUUCUCAGCUCAACUCCAAUUACCCUCAACAAUGUCCGAAUCCGAAAAAAGGGAAAAUGCCGAGAGGGCAAUAAGGGAAAUGGGAUUACACGACUCGACUGGCACGAGAAUUGGAGAUUUUGGCCGAAAAGGACUCAGCAACGGGCAAAGGAGAAGACUAAGCAUUUGCAUUGAGCUUCUAAAGCGGCCGAGGCUGCUUUUCCUAGACGAGCCCACGAGCGGGCUUGACAGCGCAGCCUCUUACUUUAUCAUGAAGAGAAUAGUGCAAGUGGCGAGGGAAUACGAACUGACGGUUUUGUCCUCCAUACAUCAGCCGGUCAGCGAGGUUUUUCGGCUGCUCGAUGGACUCUGUCUUCUUUCUUCGGGGAGAAUGGUGUACUUUGGGCCCACGUCGUUGGCCAAUGAGGUGGUUUUUCGCAACAAGCGGUUUAGCGUGUCCUGCUUUGCAAACCCGGCCGAUCACUAUCUCAGGAUUAUAAAUGCGGAUUUUGAUGAGGACAUUGAAUGUGGUGGUGCUGGAAACAGAUUGGGCACCGAGGAAGUAAUUGAUCUGCUCGUGAGAUCCUAUAGUUCGUUCGGUACUUGUAAGCAAAUGAAGGCAUUAAUAUCCGAAAUACACAAACAUGAUGGAGGGCCGACUGAGAAGAACGGUCAGACUACCUUAUUCGAUCAAUGCCUCAUUCUCACGAAACGAUCGUUUAUCAACAUGUAUCGCGAUUUAGGCUACUAUUGGUUACGACUCGCCAUCUACAUUGCCUUGUGUACUGGCUUGGGAAGUGUCUUUUAUAACAUAGGAAAUAGCUAUAAUUCCAUUCAUGAAAGAGGUUCACUGCUCAUGUUUGUAGCUUCCUUGUUGACUAUAAUGGCGAUUGGCGGCUUCCCUUCUUUCGUACACGACUUAAAGCAUUUCAUAGGUAUGCUUACCAAGGAUUGUACAAGAAUGAACUUGAAGGGCACUGUGUAUUUUGGUGCGCCCUCGUCAGCCGUUGAUGGGGAAACGGUUUUGAGGGACGUGUGGCAAGUGGAGAUGGGGUAUUCCAAGUGGGUCGAUUUAGGUGUCUUGUUCGGGAUGGUGCUCGUUUAUAGGUUCGUUUUCUUUGUCGCGAUCAAGAUUCGGGGAAAAUCGGCUGACUAG